UGUUGAAGCAGGUGUAAUGAACAGUUUGUCAGUGAUGGAGGGAGAUUCAGUCACUCUACACACUGACACUGACACACAGAGAAAUGAUGCAGUGAUACAGUGGAUGUUUGGAGCUCAAAACCCAGAUAUUGUCAUUGCUGAAAUCAAUAGCGAUGCACAGAUCAAUGAUGUUUCUGAUGAGAGAUUCAGAGACAGAGUGAAGAUGGACAGUCAGACUGGAUCUCUCACCAUCACAAACAUCAGAACCACAGACUCUGGACUUUAUAAAGUAGAAAUCACCACAAAUUCAGAAGCAGAGAAAACGUUCAAUGUUACUGUCUAUGCUCUUCUUCCUGUUCCUGUCAUCAUCAGUGACUCUUCACAAUGCUCUUCAUCUUCUGAGAGUUCAUCAGUGUCUAAAUGUUCACUGCUGUGUUCAGUGGUGAAUGUGAGUCAUGUGACUCUCUCCUGGUUCAAAGGAAACAGUUUAAUCUCCAGCAUCAGUGUGUCUGAUCUGAGUAUCAGUCUCUCUUUAUCUCUGGAGGUGGAACAUCAGGAUAAAAACACCUACAGCUGUGUGCUGAACAACAACAUCAGCAACCAGACCAAACAUCUGGACAUCAGUCCACUCUGUCAGCCCUGUGCACCAUCAAUGCUGAAAG